AUGGCUCCUGUCGCGAUUGCCAACGAGGCCCCGGCCACGCCUAUUUUUAAUAAGCAACGAGAUGGCCACGCUCUUGAAGAACUGUCGGAUGCCAUCGAUGAAGUCAAUGUUCUCAAGACCACCCUCACCUCAGCGACAGAAAAGGGCCUGUACGACGAGUCCGAGUUUGAUAAAUCCAAAGACAAGACCACCUUCCGCCAGUAUGAGGAUGCGUGCGACCGAGUCAAGAACUUCUACAAGGAGCAACACACCAAGCAGACCGUGGCCUACAACCUCAAGGCGCGUCACGAUUUCCACAGCAAGACACGCGCCCACAUGACUGUCUGGGAGGCCAUGGAAAAGCUCAACACGUUGAUCGAUGAGUCCGACCCCGACACUAGCCUCUCUCAAAUCGAACAUCUCUUACAAUCGGCCGAGGCCAUUCGCCGCGACGGCAAGCCUCGCUGGAUGCAACUGACUGGUCUGAUCCAUGAUCUUGGCAAAUUGCUCUUCUUCUUUGACGCGCAGGGUCAAUGGGAUGUGGUGGGAGACACCUUCCCCGUGGGCUGCGCCUUCGACGAGCGCAUCAUCUAUGGCCGCGAGUCCUUCCAGGACAAUGAAGACUUUGGUCACUCGAUCUACGAUACCAAGUUUGGAAUCUAUAGUCCCGGCUGCGGCCUCGAUCAGGUCAUGCUUUCCUGGGGCCAUGAUGAGUAUCUCUAUCACAUCGCCAAGGAGCAGUCUACGCUGCCCGACGAGGCUCUUGCCAUGAUUCGCUAUCACUCUUUCUACCCGUGGCACAACGCGGGGGCCUACCAUGAGUUGAUGAAUGAUCAUGAUCGGGAGAUGCUCCGUGCCGUCAAGGCGUUCAAUCCCUAUGAUCUGUACAGCAAGAGUGACGACGUCCCUAGUGCAGACGAACUCAAACCGUACUAUAUGGAGCUCAUUGACGAGUUUUUCCCAACCAGGGUUAUCCGCUGGUAG